AUGUCUGGCUAUCCUAAUCAAUCGCCACAAAACCAAAUGGGUGGUCGCCCACAAAAAGGCCAAAUGGGUGGUUAUCCACCUCAAGGACAAAUGGGAGGUUAUCCACCUCAAGGACAGAUGGGAGGUUAU